CUUCGCGGUAAAGAAUAAAGCUGCAGUUUAAUGUGCUGCUAUUAAUCGAGGUUGGUGACGGAAAAGCGUUUCUGGCUACAGAGCAUUUGCAAGCAUGUACCACAACAGUUCUCAAAAGAAAUACUGGACUUUUGAAAAAGAGGCCACUGUGGAAGAUUUCAGACACAAGGCUAACCAGAAGUUUCGCACAAAAGCCCUGAAUCUCCGAAAGCCUGGAAUAAAUGAGUCCAUGUUUCUUGAUCCCUAUGAGGAAAAAGUGCUGUUUAGACACUAUGAAAAGAAACUGCUCGACUUCUGCGCAGCAUUUAAACCUGCCAUGCCCAAAUCUGUAGUGGGCAGCGCCUGUAUGUAUUUCAGAAGAUUUUAUUUGAACAACUCUUUAAUGGAGUAUCACCCUAGGACAAUAAUGUUGACGUGUGCAUACCUGUCCUGUAAAGUGGACGAGUUCAAUGUUUCCAUCACUCAGUUUGUGGGGAACCUUCAGGAAAAGCCAGAUCAUCAGGAGCGAGCUCUUGAGCAUAUCCUGGAAUAUGAGCUGCUCCUCAUCCAGCAACUAAACUUCCACCUGGUGGUACACAACCCAUACCGACCACUCGAAGGAUUUCUUAUAGACCUGAAGACAAGGUAUCCACUUUUGGAGAACCCGGAGAUGCUGAGGAAGAGUGCAGAAGACUUCCUAAACAGAGCAGCAAUGACGGACACAGGACUUCUGUUCUCUCCGUCUCAGAUCGCCCUCACCGCAGUUCUCAACAGUGCAGCACGUGCUGGCCUCAGCUUAGAAACGUAUCUUACUGAUUGUAUAGGGCUGAAGGACAAGAAAGAAACGCUCUCCAAGAUGUAUGAAGCAAUGAGACGAAUCACAACACUCCUCAAGGAAUAUGAGUUUCCCAAAGCUGAGGAAGUAAACGCCUGCAAACACAAACUGGAGAAGAUUCAUACAGAGUUCACCAGCCACACACAUUUGAAACGAAAGCAUGGCUAUGAAGAUGACGACCACGUUGUGAAAAAGCCCCUUGUUACCGAGGAGGAGUGGACCGAUGAAGACCUGGAUACUUUCUGACAACACUAGCACAUCUGUAAUCAAGACACAUUCCAGAACUUUGCACUUAUUCACAUAUUUGGUGUUUUAUAAAUACAGUCUUAUUCAAAUGCUCAGACACCCUGGUUACAUUCUAGAUCAUUUUCUAUUUUUGUUUCCAGUAAAACAUGUUAAAAGACAUUGUUUAUUUGCUUAAUUUGCCAGAUUGGAACAGAUUAAAUGCUAGAAUAUUUAAUUUUUAUUAAUUCAUCAAAUAAGCAGUUUGUUCACUGGAAAGAAUGGCUUCAUUUGCUGUGCAGGUUGGUGUUCAAAAGAUUUGCUUGACUGUACCUAGGCAAUAUUUGCCUGCUUUGCGCAUGAUUAUUUACUGAAAUAAAAGUUUCG